CGUUCCGCACCGCCGGCGGAAUCUCACCCAGCCAGGGAAGGCGCCCGGCCUGCACUUCGCCACUUUCCGCAGAGAAUCGCCCGGCACAUCCCCGAGACCCAGCCCGGCCGCCGCCGCCGCGCCAUGGCGAUCGCAAGGCAAGUGCUUUGUCUCUCUGCUUUCCUGUCGCUGCCGCUCGCUCGCGCCGAGCCCAUCCGCUACUCCGUAGCCGAGGAGGCGGAAAGCGGCUCCCUGGUGGGCAAGCUGGCGGAGGACGCGGGGCUGACGCCGCCGCAGCUCUCGGCUCGCCGCGCCCGCCUGCUCUCGGAGGACGGCCGCCAGCAUUUGCGCUUAGAGCCCGGCUCCGGCCGCCUCCUCGUGGCGGGGAGACUGGACCGGGAGCAGCUGUGCGCCCACUCCGACACCUGCAUGCUCCCCUUCGAGCUGCUGCUCUCCGACCCGCUGCAGUUCUUUCGGGUCGAAGUGACGCUGGACGAUAUCAAUGACCAUUCGCCGGUCUUCCCCGACGAACGAGUCAAUUUUGUCAUCCCCGAAACGAGUGAGCCGGGUUCUCGUUUCCCGCUGGAGGGUGCUCGGGAUCUCGAUAUUGGCAGCAAUACAGUGCAGGCGUACAGCAUCUCUCCCGAGAACAAGUAUUUUAGUGUUUAUUUUGGUAGUAGAAGUGAGGAUGACAAAUAUCUUGAACUUGUCUCGGAAAAGCCAGUAGACCGAGAGGAGCACGCAGAGAUGAGUUUUAAUAUUAUUGCUGAAGAUGGGGGUUCUCCUGCCAGAAGUGGCACAACACAAGUCCACAUUGUGAUUCUAGAUGCAAAUGACAAUGCUCCAAGCUUCACAAAGGAGGUGUACAUUGCCAAGGUCCUGGAGAACAUGCCAGAAGGUUCUGUGGUUCUGAAUGUACUGGCAACUGAUCAGGAUGCAGGAGUUAAUGGGGACAUCUCUUAUCAACUCAGCCAGGCAGUGGGACAGAGCGACUCAACAUUUGUGAUUGAUCCAAGAACUGGUGAAAUUAAACUCACAAAACCUCUGGACUUCGAGGAGUCAGAACACCACGAAAUCCGUGUAAGAGCCACAGAUGGUGGUGGACUCUCAGCAAUCUGCAAAGUGCUGGUGGAGGUGGUAGAUGUGAAUGACAAUGCCCCAGAGCUGGCGGUCAGCUCCUUCAGCAGUCCCCUCCCCGAGAACACGGCGCCCGGCACCGUGGUUGCCCUGUUCACGGUCAGGGACCGCGAUUCUGGUGCCAACGGCAAGAUCUCCUGUGCCCUCGACGAUCAGCUCUUCUUCUCCCUGCGGCCAGCCUACAAGAAUUACUAUGAGUUGGUGACAGUGAGCGCGCUGGACCGCGAGCACACGGCUCAGUACGUGCUCAGGGUCACAGCAGCAGACGCGGGCUCCCCUCCUCUCACAUCCACGCACACCUUCACCGUGGACAUCUCGGAUGUCAAUGACAAUGCCCCCGUCUUCAACCAGACCUCGUACACCAUGUAUGUGCGGGAGAACAACGUGCCCUCGGUGUUGGUGGGGGCCGUGAGCGCUGCAGAUGCUGACGAGGGGCUCAAUGCCAAGGUGACCUAUUCGCUGGCGCCAGGGCCAGCGGCAGAGCGGCCCUCGUGCUCCUGCAUCUCGGUGAACUCGGAGAACGGGCACGUGUUUGUGCUGCGGCCCCUGGACUACGAGCGCCUGAAGCACACCGAGGUCACGGUCAGCGCCUCUGACGCGGGCUCUCCUCCCCUCCGAGCCAACGUCACCGUCCGCCUCGUGGUGCUGGACGAGAAUGACAAUGCCCCGCUCGUGCUCUACCCAGCCCAGGACAGCAGCCCAGCGUCCAGCGAGCUCGUGCCCGUGGCGGCCCAGGCGGGCUACCUCAUCACCAAAGUGGUGGCCGUCGAUGCCGACUCCGCCCAGAACUCGUGGCUCUCGUACCACCUGCUCAGGGCCACCGAGCCCGGCCUCUUCAGCGUGGCUGUGCAGAGCGGCGAGGUGCGUCUCAAGAGGCCGGUGACAGAGAGAGACAGCGUCAAGCACAAGCUCCUUGUGCUGGUCACAGACAACGGCAAGCCCCCACUGUCAGCCACCGCAGCUCUCAGCGCGCUCCUGCUCAAGGACUUCUCGGACGUGCGCCUCCCGCACAGCAGCCCGCCCGCAGACGAGCACGGCGACUCCCUGACCACCUCUUUAAUCAUCUCCUUGGUCUUUGUCUCGCUCCUCUUCCUCGUCUCCAGCGCCGUCUUUGUCGCUCGCAAGGUGUGCAAGAGCAAGGAGCUGAAGGCUGCCCAUGUGCUUUACGGUGCCGACAACUUGCAGAGCGGCCUGGCCGAUGCAGCCGCUGCAGGGACCCUGCCCCGCGCCUAUUGCUACGAGAUCAGCCUCACCACGGGCACGGCCAACAGCGAGUUCCAAUUCCUCAAACCUAUCCUGCCCAGCCUGCCAGCACAGCCCUGCGCCACGGGCCAGGGCCCCGAGCAACACGAACAGCAUUUCCCCUGUGUCCCUGUCAGCACAGAGGACACGGCAUCGAACAAUGCUGGGACUCUCUCUGCAGGACGGUUCAACGCUCUUUCCUUUAACUAGCACAGGGUCUGCACACACAGUUGGGCCACGGCUCAUGGGAGGAGGGAUUCCUGACUGCAGGCUGCGACAAUGGUUCCUUUAGACAAAACCUGUGUUCUCCAUUGGCUUAGCAAAUUUCCUGAUAAUUUCACGUCAGAGUAAAAUUUUUCUUCCAGUCUAAAAACACUGAGAACGAUGGAAAGUUCAAUGACACAGUUGGGUAGAGAAAUCUCAAACUGACUGAGUAACACAGAGCUCUUUUCCCAGCUCAGGAAAGCUAUAUAGAUGUCAAAACUCGGUCCUGAUGUUCUGUUUGCACAAUGCUUUUUCUUUCUGUGGUUCUCGAUGUCUCUGGCUCAGUGAGGUGAGCUCUGAGCAUUAUUCUUUUUCUCAUUAUGUCGCUUAUGCAUCUGCAGAUACUUCACUAACUUUGCCACUAAAACAGAUAAUUUUUCCCAUCCAGCCACUGCAAUGCUGGCAAUUCCAGCUCUACAGAGUCAAAGGCUAUUUAUGCCCUAUGAAUACAGGGGUUUAAUCUUCUUCCAGGAUGACAGAAAAAGGAAA